CAUUCGCUUUUCUCUCUCUUUCGCGAUCAGUCGUCUCGUACUUAGUGUCUGUGAAUGUCUUACGUGCGUGUGUGUGUGUGUAUGAGUGUGAACUACCGUGUUAUCAUUUGCCAAUUUUUUAUUGCAGUUAAAAGAAAAGUGUUCAAUAAUAAUAAUUAGAAAGUAAAGGUUUCAUAAAAUUAUUACAACAUGACUAAGAAUAAAAAUCUUAAGAAGUCAAAUGCAGACCAAAAUUGGAGGUCAAAUAAUGCUGGCGGUUUUAAUAGAAAUAACAAUCACUCAGGAGCAACAACAUUUUUAACUCCACCGGCAACACCGCCCGCAAAUGGAACCAUACCCAGCCCCCUGCCCACCUCGAAUGGAAUGCCCCGCAAGCCAGCAAUUCCAUGGGAACGCGAAUUGGUUGGUAACUUCCUACUAAAAUUGGCCGACAAGCAAGUGAUCAAUGCCCGUUCCAAUUGGUUUGUGGAUAAGCGAACAAUGCGAGAUUCCUUUGAGGCGCAUCUUUCUGGCCUGCCGAAUACCGGCGAUAUAAGGAUCCGUCUAUCUGUCAAUGGAGCUUGGAAUAUUGGAAACUUGUUACAUCGGACCAAUUUUCUUAUGAAUACACCACGCGGCGAUUCAAAUUAUAGAAUUAAAAGUUUCUCUCUCUGUGAUUUUCGCAAAGAGAAGUUUAAUGCGAUCGAUGAGAAGCAUCGUCAAAGUGAUAUAUUGGAUGUGCCAGGCAAUGUCCCAGGAUUAUCAAUUGUCGAGGGUCAAAGUAAGAUAACAGAAGAGCAUAUUCUUGAUGAGGAGGCAGAGACCAUGCCUCUGAUGUAUCAGAAGACCCAAAAACAGCAACAGAUAAAGGACUUUGAACUGAGUUCCUGGGGUUGUUAUAUAUGUCAGCUAAAUUUUGAUAAUAUUGAGAAAUACGAAGAGCAUGUGGAAUAUCAUGGCGAUGAAUCGGAUUUUCAAUCGCUUAAGAAAAUGGAGAAAUACCCAUCUCCCAUGCUGAAAUUAUCAUAUCAAAACUGCGUCAACAGUCAUUACUUUGGUUUCACUUUAACGACCGAUCAGCCGGAUAUGAUUAUUGAAAAAUUUAUAAUUGUCCAGUCGAGGCAGUUUUAUUAUGUUUAUAAUGCUAGAUUGCCACUGGAGAUAAGCGAAAGUGGUGAAUUGCGCUUCUUUGUGGACUCGCAUGUCUUUAUGAUAUUGCGGGAGCAGCCAAUUGUCAUUGGUUUCAGGUGGAAGGGUGAAAGCUAUGUGGAACAACAUCAUUUUAUGCGCACCGAAGCCUUGCCCAAGGCCAGAUUCAAUAUAAAUCCCUAUCGUUUGUCAAAUAAGGACACCUUUCGUUGUGGUAGCUUGGCCCCGGCCAAUCCUCCCACUCAGAUGUUUAGCGCCCUGAAGCAUGAGGAUGCUCAAGUGCAUUUGGCUCAAUUUGAUAAACAUUAUCGCAACUAUUGUGAGCUAGACAGGGAAUUGACCCAAGAGAAUCUGGGUGGAACUUUGCGCACUUUGCUACAGGUGGAGGAUAUUGAGCGAUUGCAGCAUUAUCUAGAGCUAAAGCAAUCCAAGAUGGAGCUACAUCAAUUUGGACGAGAAUUGUCGGUGAAAAUGCAAACGAAUACAAGAAAUGCCGAAGAUGUAGUCUCCCCGGGCGAUGAUGUGUUGAUCAUCAAUGAGCGUGCCACUCAGGAGACAGGCUCAAGUAUACGUCAGUUGUUGGAGAAUCAUAAUUUGAUAUUGGAAUUGGCACUCAAGGAUUUCGAUUCCAUUAAACAAUGGGCUCGCAAAGUGGAUGAGAGAUUUGGUGCGCUGGACAAGCAGCGCCAUGAACCUCGUGUCUACUUUGCCCGCAUUCUGGGCGUAUCCACGCAACGGGUGAAUAUCACCUGUGAGCGUCAACUGCCGGAUAAUACAACCUAUACGUUGAUAUUUCGGCCGGUUCGCGCUGUGAUGCGCUAUCAGUAUCGUGCUCUCCAGCAAUUGGCUCUCACCAGGGCCGCCGAUGUGCAGCGUAUACUUUUUCCCGCUGACACGACCAGGCAAAGGGUUCCAAUUGGUGCUUUGAAACUGUUUAAUCAAGAUAUUGCCAAUAAUCCGGAACAAUUAAAGGCAGUUCAACAUAUCUCGUUAUGUGAGAAAUUUUCCGCUCCAUAUUUAAUAUGGGGUCCACCGGGGACUGGAAAAACGGCCACCAUUUGUGAGGCCAUCUAUCAGUUGUAUGUGAAUCGACCGAAAACUCAUAUUCUAGUUCUCGCUGGCUCUAAUACGGCUUGCGAUGAGAUAGCCUUACGUUUGCUAAGGGCCAUAGCCCAAGCGCCGGAGAGCCAACCGCGUCCCUUGACACGCAUCUUUGCCGCCAGCUGUGAUCGGCGCAUAGAUAACAUUGAUGAUCUCCUGCUGGAGUAUUCCAAUAUGUAUGCACUGCAUUUCUAUCCUGCUGUGCAAGCAGUUCAUCAAUAUCGGAUUGUUAUCUGUACUCUGAGCUUGGCUGGCAAAUUGUCAACCGGCGGUUUCGCCCGUGACGAGGACAAGCAGCAUGUGUUCUCCCAUGUGUUUGUCGACGAGGCUGCUGCCUCAACAGAGACCGAAGUCCUGAUGGGCAUCACAUGCACGAUUGGCCCGACAACGAACCUAACGCUAUCCGGUGAUCAUAAGCAACUUGGACCGGUGCUUCAAUCUCAGCGUGCGAAUGAUUGGGGUCUAUCGGUAUCUCUUUUUGAGCGACUCUUGGCAAGGAAAUGUUAUAGAGCAGAUGAAAAUGGAGAAUACAAUGAUUCUAUUCAAACGCGCCUUAUACGCAAUUUCCGUUCCCAUCCGGAAAUUGUGGCCGUCUACAAUAAUCUCUAUUACGAUGGCACACUUAUAGCUGAGGCUCCUAUGAAAAAUGUUUGCCUGUUUAAUAAUUGGUUCUAUACGCCCAAUGAUAAUUUUCCCAUAAUGUUUCAUUCGGUUUUUGGCAAUGUCAUGAACACAAAGAGCUCAGUGAGCCUUUGCAACAACAAGGAGAUCGAUGUUGUUAUGGACUAUGUCAAGGAUCUUAUGUAUUUUGGUAUUAAUGGUCAGAAAUUGGCACAAACCGAUAUUGGCAUAAUAUCGCCAUAUAAGAAUCAAUAUCAACGUAUCCAAGAGCAAUUAAAUAUGCGCAAUUGGUCACAGAUUGAUUGCGGUUCUGUUGAAUUGUUCCAGGGUAAGGAGAAGCAGAUCAUUAUAGUGUCAUUUGUGCGCUCCUUUACACCGAAAUUGGGUUUCCUGGACAAUAGAAGGCGUCUGAAUGUGUUGCUGUCGCGGCCAAUGUCUUUGCUUAUCCUUAUUGGCAAUCCAAAAACUCUCAGCCAAAAUCAAGAUUUUCGUCAUAUUAUUGAAAUGUGCCGUGAUAGGAAGACUUUGGUCGGUUCACCCUACUUUAUUGAUACACCGGUCGAGGAAACAAUCACAAUAAGAACUGGAAAUGCUGCUGCUCAAGAAAGUGCUACAAGAAGAUUGUCAGAAACACCACAACAACAACAAAAACAACAACAGCAGGCUGUUAAAAACUCUUUGGGCCAUAGUUUCAAACGAACGACUAAGACCAGCAAUAACAAAGGCCAACAGCAGGCAACAAAACUGUUUUACAACAAGGACGAGCUACUCAAACUGGGAGGAUUGAAACAGAAAUCGGAAUUGGAUAAAAUAUUUGAUGAAUUGCCAGCGCCGCCACAAACACUUUAUGUGGAUAGGCAAAGCGAGACAAUUCGGCUGAUCACCAGUCAAAUAAAGCAACUUAAAAUGGAAGAGAGCAUUAAAGCCAAGGCUUCCACAACUGCGGCGACAUCUGCAAAGUCCACCAAACCAAUUGUGAACAAUCCCAAGCCACCUACUGCUGGUUUAACAACGUCUGCGGCAUCUACUCCUCGUCCAAUUGCGACAGCUAAAGUUGCGUCUACUAUUCGUACAACUGUUGCUCCUGUGCAAGCUAGAACGGCUACUCCUGCAUCUGCAACUUCGACUACUACUUCUCACAAAGAUACAAUAAGAUUGGGCUCGUCUAUCUUCAUGGAGGCCAUAGAGUUUCCAACCACACAAAAGAGUCACAAACCCAGUGCUCCACCCAUGACUCCACCCAGGGCUACACGUUAUAAUCUAGUGCCAACUGAAUCAACACGCUUUGAGUAUUCAUCACACGCUCAUGAGGAGCGUGCCUCCUCCUCCCGGUACGCUUCCUCUCGUUACGCUUAUGUACCCGACAGUGCUAGCAGAACCUAUGCCUCGUACCGACCGCCAUCACCGCCGCGACCAACGGCGACCAAAAGCAAAUGUAUCAUUUCAUAAUUUUCAUUUCAUUUCAAAUUAUUGGCUUCUCUCCAACACAGAGAAGCUUUAUAUAUAUAUAUAUAUGAGAACUUAGACGGGGGCAAAGCCGCCGCCGUUUUGUUUCUCUGUUUUGACUUUGCUGUUUCGGCUCAUUGCAUCGGGAGCGAUCCGCGGUUCCAUGUGCCAAGGCAGCGAUACUACUUACCAAAUAGAUUCGCAAAUGGGGUAUGUAUCCAGACAUCGUCCUGGAUCUACAUCAGUUGCGAAUGUAUAUGAUUGAUAAUACAUGGGAAUAUGGAUCACUCUGUGAUCAGUUUCUUUGUUCAUUUAUAUUAUUUUUUUCUGCGACCCAAGGAAAUGUUUUUAAUUUCGUUUUAGUCGAAUGAGAUGAAAGGAUUUAAUCUUGCAUUAGAUUGGCUUUCAUUUCAUUCGAUUGAAACGAUGUUGGAGCAUUUCUCAAGCAUCAACGCAUUCCAAUGAAAUCAGUUAUGUUUGUAAUUACAUAUGUGAGAGAAAUCACACACACACACACACACUAUAAUAUGUAUAUUACUUGUUGUGGGCUUAUUAUAUGCCCUAUAAUUCAUGACAAAACACAAAAGCUAUUACUUUGUCAAAUAUAAUCCAAACAUCAUUUCAAUAAAUAUUCAAUGCUAUAAAAA